CUGUCAAAAAUGAAAAAUGUCAAAAAAAACUCGAACCGGUAUAAGCAAAAAACCGACGAAAUAAUACAAUUAAGCGCUAAUUGAGUGCAUUGUGCUCUCAGUUACAUCAAAUUAGCCACAAUUAGCUCAAUCCCCGCUUUAAUCACCGUAAUUGAGUGAUUAAUGCGCAAAUCCAGUCAAGUGUCCGGUGUGCGGAAAAGUGAGGUUAUGUGCGCACAAUCUGGCUUACGUAACCCAAGGAAACUCGGUCAUUUUAUCUAAAUAUCGGCACGGCCGUCGACGAAUGUGCUCAAAUGUGAUGAUCAAACACACAGUAGGUGCACUACGCAAUUCGUUCCGAUUUUCAGCGCACGCUUUAAGCAGGAAACUCGUCCAUAAUUCACCAGUCGCGAGGAUGGCGGACAAGGUGGACAAGGCCGAGCUGAGGAACCGGCUCACCCCGAUCCAGUACAACGUGACGCAGGAGAAGGGCACCGAGCGCCCCUUCACAGGGUGCUACAACAAGUUCUACGAGCCGGGUACUUACGUGUGCAUCGUCUGCGAACAGGCAUUGUUCAGCUCGGAGACCAAGUACGACAGCGGCUGCGGCUGGCCGGCCUUCAACGACGUCUUGGACAAGGGGAAAGUCAAGCUGACGCCGGACACGAGCGGAGUUGGUGCGAACCUACUACUCCUCAUAUCCCAACCAGGGCGAGUCAGGACCGAAGUCACGUGCGCCCAGUGCGGCUCCCACCUGGGGCACGUCUUCAACGACGGCCCGGCGCCCACGAAGAAGAGGUUCUGCAUCAACUCGGCGUCGCUGAAUUUCCUGCCCGACAAGAAGGACGGAGGGGAUAGCUAAGGACUGACUUGACUUAACUUAAGUAAUAACCGGACCACUAAUACAAAGCGAGUGAUAAGCGGCCUAUUUCGUUGAGACGUUAUUAACAAAUUGGAGCCAAAUGAAGCGAUUUUUUACCUCACGUUGUUUUUUUUCUUGUUAGCUUGUUUUGUGUGUUGUGCAUAUCAGUAAUCUUUCGAGGCUUUACAUUUUGUGAAUAAAUUUUUUUUAAAA